GGACGGCAUUUACACUCCACAAUGCUUGUCAGCCUCCACCCUUCUCCCUCCCGUCUUCAGGACAAGCGCUUCGUCCCCCCCUCCUCUUCCCCCCAUUCUCCCCCCCAGGACCAGUCCUCGCAUCAUCCUCGGCUCACCCUGCCCUUCCUCUCUCUGUCCUUCUCUCUGAUCCUCCUCUCUAUGCUCCUCUUACCCGUCUGCGAAUCUCGCAGGGGUGGAGGUCCAGGCACAGGGCCUGGAGGUGCCCCAGGGGGACAAGGGGGCCAGAGGGGAGGUGGCACCCAGCGGGGCGUUGUCAUACCUCCUCAAUACUCUCCUGCCUUACCGGCUCUUCCACCAAUCAAUCCCAAACUGAUCACUUCACUCAGUAUAGCAGUCAUCCUGGUGGGCAACUCUAGUGAAGUAACCCUGGGGGUUGGACUUGAGAAAGAGGACUUCCUCCACAUCCCUUACCCUCCCAAAGUUGAUGUGGUCACCAUGAAUGAGACCGACCCCAAGAGUAUCAUCAAUCGGAUUUGCGCACAAAUGAUGAGGAACUCCCUGCAAGGCGUAGUGUUUGGUGAUGACACGGACCAGGAGGCCAUUGCUCAGAUCCUGGACUUCAUCUCUGCCCAGACACACAUCCCCAUCCUGGGCAUCAGGGGAGGCUCCUCCAUGGUGAUGGCUGCCAAGGAUGACAAUUCCAUGUUUUUCCAGUUUGGUCCUUCCAUCGAGCAGCAGGCCUCCGUCAUGUUGAACAUCAUGGAGGAGUAUGACUGGUACAUCUUCUCAAUAGUCACAACGUACUACCCUGGCUACCAGGACUUUGUCAACAAGGUACGCAGUACCAUCGAUAACAGCUUUGUGGGUUGGGAGCUAGAAGAAGUCUUCCUACUGGACAUGUCAGUAGAUGACGGAGACUCCAAGAUCCAAAACCAGCUAAAGAAACUGCAGAGUCCUGUAAUUCUACUGUACUGCACAAAGGAAGAAGCAAGCACUAUCUUCGAGGUGGCCCAUUCUGUGGGCCUCACAGGUUAUGGCUUCACCUGGAUCGUGCCCUCACUGGUGGCUGGAGAUGCAGACCACGUUCCCUCUGUCUUCCCUACAGGGCUUAUCUCGGUGUCAUAUGACGAAUGGGACUACAACAUCGAGGCCAGGGUACGUGAUGCAGUGGCUGUCAUUGCCACGGCGACCUCCACUAUGAUGCUGGACCGGGGGCCACAUACCCUGCUAAAAUCAAGCUGCCAAGGAACACCUGACAAAAAGAGCUCCAACACCGGCCACUCCAAGGAGAUACUGAAGUACCUCAUGAAUGUGACAUUUGAAGGCCGAAACCUGUCAUUUAGUGAAAAGGGUCACCAGAUGUUUCCCAAACUGGUCAUCAUUCUUCUAGACAAGGACAGACAAUGGGACAGGGUUGGCAAGUGGGAGAGAGGCUCUCUGACGAUGAGGUACCAUGUGUGGCCUCGCUUUGAGCUGUACUCUGCAGCGGAAGAGCGGGAGGACCACCUGUCCAUCGUGACUCUGGAGGAGGCACCGUUUGUCAUUGUAGAGGACGUGGACCCGCUCAGUGGGACCUGCAUGAGGAACACUGUGCCGUGCCGCAAACAGCUCAAACUGAGCAAUCAGACCGGUGAUUCAGGGAUUUACAUCAAGCGCUGCUGCAAAGGUUUCUGUAUUGACAUCCUAAAGAAGAUCGCCAAGGCGGUCAAGUUCACUUACGACCUUUACCUGGUCACAAAUGGCAAACAUGGAAAGAAGGUUAAUGGGACAUGGAACGGCAUGGUUGGGGAGGUGGUGUUAAAGAAUGCCCACAUGGCAGUGGGUUCGCUCACCAUCAACGAGGAGAGGUCAGAGGUCAUUGACUUCUCUGUGCCCUUUAUCGAGACAGGGAUUAGUGUCAUGGUCUCUCGUAGCAACGGCACAGUAUCCCCCUCCGCCUUUCUUGAGCCCUUCAGUGCUGAUGUUUGGGUGAUGAUGUUUGUGAUGUUGCUGUUGGUGUCAGCCGUGGCUGUGUUUGUGUUUGAGUACUUCAGCCCGGUGGGUUACAAUCGCUGCCUGGCAGAUGGGCGAGAGCCCGGCGGUCCCUCCUUCACCAUUGGUAAGGCCAUCUGGCUGCUUUGGGGUCUGGUUUUCAACAACUCUGUCCCCGUUCAGAAUCCCAAAGGUACCACCAGUAAGAUCAUGGUGUCAGUUUGGGCCUUCUUUGCUGUCAUCUUUCUGGCCUCCUACACUGCCAACCUGGCUGCCUUCAUGAUCCAGGAGGAGUAUGUCGACCAGGUGUCAGGCCUGUCAGAUAAAAAGUUCCAGAAGCCUAACGAAUUCUCACCGCCAUUCCGGUUUGGCACCGUGCCCAAUGGGAGUACAGAGCGCAACAUCCGCAACAACUACCGGGACAUGCAUACUUACAUGACCAGCUUCCACCAGAAGAAUGUAGAUGAAGCGCUGCACAGUCUGAAGACCGGCAAACUGGAUGCCUUCAUCUACGACGCUGCAGUGCUGAACUACAUGGCGGGCAGAGACGAGGGCUGUAAGCUGGUCACGAUCGGGAGUGGCAAGGUGUUCGCCUCUACCGGGUACGGCAUUGCCAUCCAGAAAAACUCUGGCUGGAAACGAGCUGUGGAUCUGGCUAUCCUCAUGCUCUUUGGAGACGGUGAUAUGGAGGAGUUUGAGGCCCUGUGGCUGACAGGCAUCUGCCACAAUGAGAAGAACGAGGUGAUGAGCAGUCAGCUGGAUGUAGACAACAUGGCGGGGGUCUUCUACAUGCUUGGGGCCGCCAUGAUUCUCUCAUUAAUCACCUUCAUCUGUGAACAUUGGUUCUACUGGCAACUGCGCUUCUGCUUCAUGGGCGUGUGCUCAGGACAGCCCGGGGCCACUUUCUCCAUUAGCCGAGGUAUCUACAGCUGCAUCCACGGGGUACAAAUUGAGGAAAACAAGUCAACCAUAGACUCGCCUUCGGCAUCCAUGAAGAAGAACAUGAACAACACACACUCCAACAUACUGCGGUUGCUUCGCACUGCCAAGGACAUGACUGCCGUCCCGGGCAUUAACGGCUCUCCACACGCCGCCCUGGAGUACAGCCACAGCGGCCGUGACUCGGCUAUCUAUGACAUUCAGGAGCACCGGCGCAGCUUGGUGGGUCACCCUGCCGAUUGCAAGUCAGCGCCACCCUACCUGCCAGAGGACAACAUGUUCAGUGACUACAUCAGCGAGGUGGAGAGGACUUUUGGCAACUUGCCCCUGAAGGACAACAACCUGUACCAGGACCAUUACCUGCACCACCACCCGGCCUCGGCUCUGGGUAUGUCCGGCCCCCCGCCUAAUAGGCCGCGUAGCUUAGGCAGCACUAGCUCAUUGGAGGGGGGCAUGUUCGAUUGCGACAGUUUAGGGGGAGGGGUAGCGCCCAUCUUCACCACCCAGCCCCGUCCUUCCAUGACUCACAGGAAUACCAAUAAAUUUGACCUGAUUGCUGGCCACACCCCUGCGGAUUCCACCCAGGGUGGGUUCAAGGGAAACAAUGUGUACGGGAGGUUUUCUUUCAAAGGAGGUGCAUCCAGUACGGGGCUCAUCGGGGGUCAUGACCGGUACUGUGGUGGGGGCGGGGGAGGCUCAGGGGGGGAUGAUGGGAACAUUCGCUCGGAUGUUUCGGAUAUCUCUACGCACACCGUCACCUACGGCAACCUGGAGGGCAACAACAAGCGGCGUAAGCAGUACAGGGACAGCCUGAAAAAGAGGCCAGCUUCGGCCAAGUGCAGACGGGAGCAGGACGAGAUAGAGCUGAGCGGCCUCAGGAGGAGAGCCCACCACCACACCGUCCACCACCACUUCCCCCAUGGGCCCCUGGCACACCGCACGGUCUCACCUCCCCUGGAGCGGAAGAGGGGAGGAGGAGGGGGUAAUUCUUCACCUUACAUAUUCCGCAAAGACAAAGAGAACCUGAGGGAUUUCUAUGCGGACCAGUUCUGCUCCAAGGAGGGCAAGGCCAAGUGGGAGCAAGAGGGUGGAAAUGGAGGAAGUGGUGUGGGCGGUGGUAGUGGUGGUGGUAUCUGUAAAAGCUUAGUACCUGUGGAAGACUUCCUUAAAGGUAAAGGCAAGAAGCCGGAGUGUAAAGGUGGGCUUGGCUCAGUGUUGGCAGGGCAGCAAGCCCACACCUGCUGGGAUAAGGGGGUUUCUGGGAUAGGAGGAGGGGGCAUAGCAGGGGGUGACUGGGAUUGUCGUAACAGCCACAAUGUGUGUCACCACGGAGGAGGCGGCGCUUGCCCAACUAGCGGUGUUGGGGGUUGCACCAGUCGUCCCAGCUCAGCUAGCUGCAAACGCUGUGACUCCUGUAAGAUUCCGCCAAGCAACCUUUACAACAUCAGCGAGGAUAUGGUGUUUGCUGGAAUGAAGAGUAGCGUAGGACCCAACCAAAUGCUAACUCAGGCACAGCGCAGGAAGCUAGGGCCAGGUGGGAGGGUGUUACGGAGGCAACACUCGUAUGACACAUUUGUGGAUCUGCAGAGGGAGGGGGCAAGCCGCAUGGGAGGGGCUGGCAGUGGAGUUGGGGGCCAGUUUCCCCAGCCUCGAAGUGUGAGCUUGAAAGACAAAGACCGCUUCAUGGAGGGCCCCAGCCCUUACGCACACAUGUUUGAGAGGUAUGCAGGUGAAAGGGAGUCUUCCAUGUUUGGAGGAAUAGGAGGGGAUAGGGCGAAGGGAGGCUCCUCUUUCAGUUUGUUCCAUGGAGGCGAAGGUGGGUUACAUCAGCGGUCGGUGGGGGAGAGAGACCUGAGGGACAGAGAUAGAGCUAUGAUGGGAGGUGGGGGCGGUGGUGGUGGUGGUGGUAGCAGCAGAGGGGCCGGGACUUACUCCUUGUCUAAAUCUCUCUACCCAGAUAAGGUGAACCAGAACCCCUUCAUCCCAGCCUUCGGCGACGACCAGUGUCUAUUACACGGCGCCAAACCGUACUACGUCAAAAAGCCACAGACGCAGCAGCAGCAGCAACUUCUCAACAACAGCCGAGGAGGAGGGGACUUCCACAGCUCCAUGGGAGCAGCUUCCUAUUUGCCCGCGUCCGCCACAGCUGGGGUGAUGUCCAAUGUGGCCCCCAGGUUCCCCAAAGAGCUGUGUCUGGGCGGGGUGGGAGGGCCCAUGGGGAACCACCACGGGGCCAGCAAGCUACUGCCAGUGGGCAGGGACACGUUAGGUUUGGGGCAGGGACAGAGAUCCUUCAACGGUGCCAGCAAUGGACACGUCUAUGAAAAGCUCUCUAGCAUUGAGUCAGACGUCUGAGGGGGAAGACGGAGGAAGAAAGAGAGGGAGGAGAUGAAGUGGGUGAAGAAAAGAGGAAGCAAAACAUACAGAUGUUGGUGACCUCUCUGUGUGAAGACAAUGCGGAGACACAAUACUGUGUGUGUUGUUCUCACUCCUCUAAAUGGAAAGAAUUUGGACGAUGCACAGAGGCCACUGCAGGCUAAGCUGUGAAGUCCGGCGGGAGACAAGUUUUUAAUGAGAAGAGCGGAUUCUGGUGCUGCUCUGGAAGAUUGGGAGGAAGGGAGGAGGAAAAAGUGAAAUAAAAUCUUCAGUUUCUGCUCUCUUCACAUGCUCAUUGUCUUUCCCUCCCUCCUGCAGUUCCUUAACACCAAAACAAACAUUUUGUUUUACAACGGAAAUACAAUCAUGAAUGAGAUAUCAACGCUUCUGUUGAAGUAACAGGGUAAACUAAUAAAACUUGUAUUGAUAAUGUUGAUAAUAUUAUUGAAUAUUAUUCCAGUGUUUAUUGAUGAUCGGUUGGGAUUGUUUUUUCAAUUUUAUUGAUUUAAAUAGUUCAUGUUACAUAUUUGUAUGAUGUUAAUUCUUUCUUCGCCUACCAAUAUUACAGAAGACUGAUAGACCAGUCGUCAGACCUUUUUUGGGUUCCUGUAAUUUGGACUCUUCUUUGCUAUUAAUUCUUUGUUUGAUUUUUUUUUGGGACUUUUCUUACUCUUGAGUGCUGUGAAGUGUAUGUGAAAGGCAUGACUUGCUGAGUACAUUCUAUGUACUUAUAAAUUUGCAAAGGUUUCUUUUUUUCAGCUGCAGAAGCAACAUCAUCAUACUGAUUUGCCGUUUCCUCUCCUUUUUUUUCUGCUCGGCAGUACCAAAUGGUGGCAGUCUCACAUUUUGAGCUGGAUGUGCCUUAAAGGAUUAAUACUGAUUUUCUACACUCACAAUCUCCUGCAAACAAAGUCUAUGUGCUUUGAGUUUAAGAAUACAGCUGACAAAGUCUGAUAUGGGGGUAGAGUUUCAUGAGCAUAACCGACUUUUUGGCAUUUAACAGAUAUUUUAUUAACACAGCAAAAUGUUCUGCCAUAGAGGAAGCUUAUUCCUCCAUAGAGCCCCAAGAAACAAAAGGAACCAAUAGCAGCCAAAAAAAAGCCAGUUUUGACAGAGCCAUGCCCCUGUAUGUAAAGAAAUACCAUUUAGAACUAGAAUAUCGAGGCAUUCUAUAGAGGCAUAUAGAGCUUCUUGUUGUGUUACUCCACAAUUAUUCCAACUGCAAGUCCUUGAAAUCAUUUCUGAUGAAGUUUAACAAGCUUGAUCACUCCUCACCUCACUGUUAAUUACAAAUGAACCAGAAGCCAACUAUCCGUUAAACACAUGUAAAUCCCAUUUAAUGUCCGCUUGUUGCUCCCAUUGUGUUUCAUUGGGUCUGACUCAAUUGGCUGUGACAGUUAUGCUGUUCAGGACAGGGACAUAAUGGACUCACAGAGUGAGGCCUCUGUUGCUGGGAUGAGCAGUAGUAACGUUAAUUAUUUCAUAAUUACGGCUAUACGCCCUGCCUUCUGUAUUAGAUGGUCACAUUUGACUGAUGUGCAGAGAACAAGCGUUGAACAUUUUCACUCUGCUGGUUUAAAGGACCACAGCAAGCUCUAGUACAUAGUCUAGCCCAAAUAAUCUCUUUACUUAAUGUUGUGAUUAUUCAUAAUUUACAUCUUUAUAGCAUGUCAUUUAAUUUAAUUAUUUUUUUAAAAAGACGAGGGUUUAUAGCUCAGAAAUGAGAUAAAUAGUACAAACCGUUUGUGCUAACUAUACAGAUACUAUACAGAUACUGAAUAGUGUUCCCUGUGAUUUAAAGGAAUAGUUUGACAUUUUGAGAAAUAAGCUAUUAUGCUUUUUUGCCAAGCCUAGAUGAGAAGAUUGAUACCACUCGGUACGGUUUAUACGGUGAAUGUGAAGCUAUAGCCAGCAGUAAUUAAGCUUAGCUUAGCAUAAAGACUUGGUUGAAACCAAGAGAACCUGCAGGCUCUGUCUACCUCCCAGCACCUCUAAAGCUUACUAAUUAACAUGUGAUUAUUUUUUGGGUUAAUACAAAAACCGGAGCGUAAAAAAUGGAUAUGUUGGAGGAUUAUCUAUAGCACUUUUUGUUGUUGUUGUUUCUGUGAUGUUGCUAUGCAACCAAUAAGCCAAGAAGUAGACCAGCACAUAACCUUCCACAAAACCACAACUUUUUGUUUUACACUUGUACAAAAUAAAACAAAUGAGAUAUAAGGAGUUGGUGUCUUUGUAGAGGUACUGGAAGGUGGAUUUAGUUUCCCCUGGACAGGCUUUUUGUUUCCACCUGUUUCUGCUAGUUGUGCUAAGUUAAACUAACUGGCUCUAGCUUCAUAUUUAACAUACAGAUGUUAAAGUGGUUUGAUCUUUUCAUCUAUUUCACGUAAUUCCAAAAAAAGGCCAAGCUAUUCCUUAAUUUAUAUUUUUAUACUCUGAACAAGAGAAGCUGGAUAAUACAAUCCCAUUCUAUCAGUACUUCCACCAUGUUGCCCAAGAUCAGUUUUUUUAUCAAACAAAACCUAUAGAAUUAUUUCUCUAUGUAUUGUUACACCCCCCCCCCCCCCCCCCCCACACACACAAAUUUAUUGUCAAUUAAAGCUGACUUUUAGUCAUUUUGCCAAAUUAAAUUUUGAUACCUAAGCACAAGCAGACUGAAUGGGUCGAAUAUAUUUAGUUUGUUGUACAUCCCAGUCAAAACUUUAGAAGACUUUUCUUCUCUUGGUUGACAAGUCAGUAUGUAUGAUAGGGGAUCUCUACUGUAAGGACUUGCAUGUAUACACUUUUCUUUAUUUCUGUUUUUAAUCUUAACUUUUCGCCCAGAAAAAUUGGGUGUUUUUAAUCAAUAUUUGGAUUUUUUUUCUUAAUUACAUUGAGUAUCCAUGUAGUACUGUGCGCGUUUGUGUGUGUGUGUGUGUGUGUGUGUAUGUGUGUGUGUGUGUGUUUUGCAAGAGAAGACCCCAAUCUUAACUAAAUUUCCAUUAUACUUUAAAUAUGACUAAAUUGAUUAAAGAUUUUACUAGGAUAGAAAACAUCUUUUUAUUAGUCUUCUACAAAGAUCAAUUUUCUUUCUGUGUAAAUGCAUUUAAACAAGGUUGAGGUCUUGAUUAAUACAUUCAUUGUCACUGAAGAAGCCUUUUUUCAUUUAAACUACUUUUCCUAUUUGUUUCCUUUUGAAUAUCUCGUUUUAUUAUUUCUGUUAUUGUAUGUGCCUGGAUCCAUACGCUUGAUUACCUCUGUGUGUGCUCAUAUGGGAGAGAGACAGAGUGUGUGUGAGAGAUAGCUGUUUAUUGUACAUGUACUAUAAAACUAUGUAAAUAAUUUACCUCAUGCUCAUGGACUUUUGAUAAUAAUAAAAAAAAAACUGUACAAAAACACCA